AUGCUCGAACAAUAAAAUUAAGAAAUCAAAUAAAUAGCACAAGAAACUUACAUUAUAAAUUAAAUCCAACAAGAUUUUUUCUAAAAAGUGCAAGAAUAGGAUUAAAACUUAAGUAGGAUUGAAGAAUAAACAAUUUAAUCAACUCAAAAUAUAUAAGAAGCAAAAGAAAAAAUCAAAAAAGCUAACAAAGAGCAAAUAAAACACAAAAAUACUGUAUUAGAAGUUUCAGGAGGAACAGUUGGAGCUGGAGUAGGAUUUGUAAUGGGAGGGCCUGUUGGAAUGGCUUUAGGCGCUGGUUUAGGAACAUUAUUUGGUAAAGGAGUAGGAAAAAUAAGUGGAAAUAAAUGA